UAAGCUCCCACCAGGUGUCUCUGGCUCUGAUCUGAGGCCAGUAAACGCCUCAGACUGUUUUGUGUUACCGUCUCUGAAAGUGUCCCUCAUGUCAUUUGAUCUGAGGGCUCUUUAAGAGCGCUGCCUCUCCUAUCUGCUGAUCGGUCAUCCGGCUGCACCAUCCUCCUGCUGCAUCUCCCGGCGGGACAGCAGCAGCAGGACAGCUUCACCUGAGGAAGUCAACUCAAGGAAAACAUCGAGAAUCGGGACUAAAGAUGCGCCUCCAGCCCCCGGAAUCACGCGGGGGGAAUAAGGUGACCGGACUGAGCUGAUGAGGACGGAAGCGGCCGAUCUUUACCCGCUUUACUUCCCGGAUCGCCUCCGAUGAGUUGAAUCUGAUGGCCGUGCAGAAAUCAGCUCUGUUUCCGGGGCUCUGCGGGAUGGGCUGCUGUAGUCAGCGCUGACACCCUGUUCGCUGGUUUGGCCGGUUGGAGAAAACAGCAGCGGGUUGAAGAAGAAGAUCUCAGCAUGUCCGAGUGCAGCGAGCUGAGCCUGAAGGAGCUGCCCAUGGAGAGCUGGAUGUCUCACCUGCCAUGUGCCCUGUGGGACACCCCGCUGUACCACCUGGCCAUCCCCGGCAGCCACAAUGCAAUUACAUACUGCCUGGACAUGAACGACAGGUCUCCCGUCGACCCGAUGCAGCCAGACAUGCUUCAAAAGCUGGACAAAUACAUGAAGCCCCUCAUUCGCCCUUUUGUUUACAAGUGGGCAAUAACGCAAGAGGUUACGAUCAAGCAGCAGCUGGACUGUGGGGUAAGAUACUGCGACCUGAGAAUCGCACACAGACCCAACGACCACUCCUCUGACUUGUACUUCUACCACGGUGUUUACACCACACUCACUGUCGAGACCAUCCUGAUGGAGAUAAAGGAAUGGCUGGAUGCUCAUCCCAAAGAGGUGGUGAUUCUUUCCUUCAGCCACUUCCUCGGUCUGAACCCAGAGCUCCAUGUCCGUCUGCUCGCAACCAUACGCAGUACAUUCACUUCCAAACUCUGCCCCAAAACGGAAGUGUUAACUCUACAGAAUCUGUGGGCUUUGGGCUACCAGGUGAUUGUUUCCUACGAACACAACAUCUCCAGCUCUCACAGCGACUUGUGGCCUCAUAUUCCCUACUGGUGGGCCAACAAGUGCAAAGCUGAGGCUCUUAUUGAGGAGUUUGAGGAAAGAAAACAACAUGGCAGACCAGGUGGUUUCUUUGUCACUGGGAUUAACCUGACGGAGGACCUAAAGUACAUCUGCACCCACCCCACAGAGUCCCUGAAGGACCUGGUGAUGGCCACCUAUCCGGCGCUGCUCGCCUGGGUCAGAGAGCAGACCCCCGGCUCUAAACUGGGCUCUCUUAACAUCAUAGCUGGGGACUUUAUCACAGAGAGACACUUUGCACCCACUGUUGUGAUGCUGAAUGAGAAGCUACUAAAGUAGCCCUCAUGACUUCAGAGCUGAAAGCACCAAUAAUCUGAAGGAAACCCAAGCAUGAAAGUUGCACAAGUUUGUUUUUUCAUCAGACUGAUGGAAACUUAUUUUACCACUUGAAUAAUUCAUUUGAGCAUUAAUGCACUUACCAGAGGCAGCGGUGUGUACAUUUCAGUUUUACAGCGUCUGGGAAAGCAGACUUUUCAAUGUAUUGAAUGAACUUCUUUGUUUACUUUCACUUCACUCUUUAUGCAAUGGACUGUAUCAGUUUUCAAAAGGCAGCAGUGGUUCGAUGCCGGGCUGUCCAAAGCAAUAAUGGUACAACUAAACCCACCCCAUUGUAGGGAUAUUUAAAGAGGAAGCACAAACGAAAUGCAGAAAAAGCUUAAUGCUGGCUGUACCUUUAGGUUGUAACUGUUAUCACAUUGGUUUGAACCACAGAAUGUAGAAAGUAUUUAUGCAAGUUUAUUCAAUGUGCAUGAAAAUGAUGUAUUUGCAUGAACCCAAGCCUUGAUUUAUUUGUUUUCAAUUGCUUUUUAGCCUCUAUCUAAUGUUUUAAGAUUGAAUUAAAUGCUGCACCGCUGUGCCCGUGGAAAUUUUUAAUUGAAUGGAAUUACACCUUAAUAAUCCCAAAAGAGACAAAUAUUCAGUUCUUGCAUAAUAAA